AUGACGCACCAAAAGCCUACAGCUAUCCUAAUUGUUCACGGGGCUUACUCCCUUCCCCAGAUCUGGGAUGAUUUCAGCGCUCGUCUCGCGGGGGCUGGGUUCGCCGUGGCCUGUCCCCGCCUCCCGUCCUGUCAGGAUGAGCGCCCGCCCACUGCAACCCUAACCGAGGACGUGAUGGCUGUCCGCCACGCUGCGCAAGAGCUCCUCAAGACAGGUCAUACUAUUCUGGCUUUGGUACACUCGUACGGCGGUAUUGUUGCAUCUGAAGCCACCACCCCUGCAAGCGAAAAUACCAAAGGCGUCGUCAAAUCUGGUCCUUCUAAGCGCCUGGCUCGUUUCACCGGGAGACUUGCUCCCCGGUGUGAUCGAGAAGUACGGCUUCCAAUGUGACGUGGAUCUAGGCAACAAUGGGAAUGGGAUAUUAUAUGCCAAAAACUCACUGGCCUCUUUCUACAAUGAUAUCGAACCUGCCAGGGCCGAGGAGCUAGCCAAGGAAAAUGUCACCCAUAACUGCGGGGCAGCCUCGGGGGUGUAGAAAGACCCCCCAACAGUUUAUAUCUACUCAGUCCAGGACUGGCCAUCAAACGCCCGCUGCAGAAAAGCAUGGUAUAAGAUGCAGUGGAUGCAAGAGCAAAGCUAACAACGGUGACAAUUUACUCCGGGCACUGUUCAUUUUUGAGUAGGCCGGAGGAGUUGGUUAAGAUGGUGCAGAAAGUGGCGAGUGAGAUUUGAUAUCAUGUGGCGCCACCGUGAGCUAGACAGAGGAAUCACAAGUAGAGAACAUGGCGUAGAGAAUGGCCACACCACAAUUUCUCGCUG